AUGGAUCCUUCCGCUAUGGACUUCUCGCCGCCCUCUAAUCGAGGUGGACUGACUCCUAUGUCGUUGGACCACCAACAUUCGUCACCCUGCCCAGCGUUGCGAGCGGCUGCAGCCGAGCAGCAUCAGCUCCCUGGCGUCUAUUCACACCCACGCGGUAGUCAUGGGUACCGAUAUGACCCAGUGCACAACGGUGCGGCCGGUGGAAGCUGGUGGCAUCAACCUCCUCCAGACGUUUGGUCGCACCCGCCGGUCCCUCCUCACCUUGCGCGCUCCGUUCCGCACAUGUAUGCGCCGCCAUUUCCAGGCCCGCCAGGUCUUAUGUCUCCCAUGGGCGUUCCGCAUGGAGGUGCACCCCAAUACUUGCCGUUUGGCCUGGUGGACAAUUACGGCUCCCAUGGCCAUCCGCACCCUCAAGGGCACCCGUCGCCACCAUACAACCCCCGGCCGACAAUCCCGAGCCUUGACAGGAUCGGAGGUACAGCUCCAACGCAGCACAGCCAGAGCGGGUUCGGAACUCCAAGGGAGUCAUCAGUAACGAUGCCGCCCAUGCCUCAGAGCGCUGCAGAUUCAGCAUCGGAUGGGAACCGGCUAUUUGGAGGAAAUGGGCGAAACAGGAGACCGACUAUGCCAAUGCCAAGUUCCGAACCUUCCAGCGACGAGGACUCGGAUCCCAGCGACCUUGAGACGUCAACGUUGAGGAUGCUGGAGUCUAUAUCCGCCGGUGGCCCAGCAUUUUCGGGGCCGGAUGGAGGUCUGCGUGCUGCUCAGCUUCUCCGAGGCACCGCAGCCGGGAAGCGAGUAGCUUCGAAGACAGCUAUCGCUUCAUUGGAGAGUGUGAAACUCUCCGAUCUCCCCGAGAGCGAGAGGACUUGCAUUAUAUGCUAUAACGAUUUCGGCACGCAGACGCCAGAGGGCAUCAACGAGGCUCCUCUUCGACUCCCGAAAUGCAAGCAUGUCUUUGGCGACCAUUGUAUCAAGAAGUGGUUUGAGGAGUCCGACAGCUGUCCCUACUGUCGGGAUAAAGUACCAUCGGAGGCUCAGUUUCGGCAUACGCAUCCGCAAGCUAUCUUCCAGUAUAUGCGACAACAUCAAAUACAUACCCACCGUCACCAAAGGGAAGCAGGCUCCCGGGAUCGCGCCGGUGAGAAUGGCGGUAGCCCACCUUUUCCGAUGAUCACCGACUUCCACGACUUCGGGAAUCGCAGAGCCGACCUUCAGGUUCUUCGCAACUCUGCUUGGCAAUACGCUGAGCGCCGAUCACCUCCCAACGAGUUCGGUGAGGGCCGCAGAAGGACGCGGGCUCGCCAUGGUAGCCUACGUGGCUCUCCACCUUCACUUCGGCCGAAUCAGCAUAUCACCUCAACAACUACAGGCCACUCAUCGAGUCCGUUCCCUCCCGGCGGUAGGCCAUAUCCCUUUAAUCAUGCGCAUCGUCAUUCUGUAGCUUUCGCCUCGCCAGCUCCCCCACGACUAUCAGAUGCGCCGACAUUCGAGCCCAACAUAUCGGCACCGUACAUGGGCUCCCUCCCUGGAAUGCAGAACGAGACGGCAAUGCCACAGCACUACCCCAACCCCUUAGCGUCCAACGAUGCGGAUGCUUUCCGUCCUGGUUGGCACCCAGUGCGCACACAGCCAUAUACGUCGACUACUAUCAGCGGUCCAGAGGUCAACAUGGCCGAUGCGGAAGGUUCCCCAAGGGUCCCAUCUUCUCACCAGCGGCCAUAG